GGAUCGGCCAGAGAUCAGAUCUGAACUGAGUUAGAAAAAACAGCAAUUUACAAACCUGUAAACACUGUAGCAACCGAAAAAAAAACUGGCAGAUUUCCUGAGAACGGACAGCAGCAAAACAGAGGAGAAAAUAUCUGUUUCUGAUAUUGAACCCGAACAGAGAAGGAGCAGCAACAAAAUAAACAUGAAUGGCGUUGCUGAUAUUAUCUACAAGCAAGUGAAGCCUCGUCGCGGCCUUCCUCAAAUAUUCAGCAGCCUUUUCAAGGGGCUCUUUGAGAUUAUUAGUGACAACAAAAUGGAGAGUGGAAACAGCUUCUCCUCGUGCAAGACAACGUUCUUCCUCCUGUUGAUGUUUGAAUCCAUAGUUGCCGCCGCUGCAAUAAGUAGAGAUGAUUUCCCCUCUGGAUUCUUUUUUGGUGCUGGUACUUCUGCUUACCAGAGAAGAGCGUGGCUUGAAAAUAUCACUACAACAAAAGGUGCAACUUGCGACACAAAAAUUUCUCAUACGAUUAGUUUUGUGGCUGGAGUUGCGAUACGUUGAACUAAGACGACACUUAACAAAAAAAUGUUGCAAGUCCUGACACUUGUUUGUGUCGUGAGAUGCAAACUAGAAGAACAGCUGUUAAAUUAUUAAAGUGCGUUUUUAAUUUUCUUUUAUUUUUAA